AUGCCUGUAUUUAUUGAUAAUGCUAGAGCAGAAACUGCAGCUUUAUUGAUAAAUUUAUCUUCUUUAAAUUUAGAUUUAUUAGCAGUGUCUUUACAUAAAUUUAGAGUUUUACUUUAAAAUCACUUAUCUGAUGUAUAUGCAUCUUAAGUUCCAUUAUUAUAAAUUGUUAAUGAUGUGUGUAGAAUAUUAUCAACAUAAAGUGAUAAUCCACUUUAUGCUAUUGAUUAUUCAUAAUACAAAAAGAAUAUACCUCCUUAGAUAGUUGUUAGAAAAAUAGUUUAUAUUGCUCUUUAGACUUUGAGUGUGGCUGUUUAAACAUUAAGAAGUACAUUAAUUUAAGUUUAAAAAAUGUUUACUGUUUGUGGAGUUUGGCUUUAGGAUGAUAAUAAAUAAAUUAGUCAAUAAGCUGAACAAACUAUGUUAGACAUAUUGAGAUUUUGUGAUGAUUCUUAAUUGUAGAAUAUAUUACCUAAUUUAUAUAAUAAAUAAUCAUUUAAUAGUAAAAUAUAUGUUGGAGUACUUAUUGAACAUUUAGUAAUCAAAUAUCAAAGAGAAAUUUUUAAGUCAGUCCAUUUUAAUAAUAUUAUUUAAUUAAUAUCUUAGAUGAUCAUAGAUUAAUCAUUUGAUGUAAGAAGAAUUGGAAAAAAAGUAUUUUUUAAAAUUUUAACUCUUGGAAAAUAUCAAAUUGAAGAAAUUGUUAUGUAAAUGCAUUAAUAAGAAAAGAAUUAAAUGAAAGAAUUAAUGUAAAGAUAUGAUGAAUUAGUUACUGAUCAUUAAAUUGGAAUUUUUGAUUAAGAAGAGUAUAUGGGAUUAUAAGUAAUGCCUUAAAAAUUCAAUUUUGAAUAUGAAAUGAUAGAUGAUUAAAUAUAUAUGAAAUGA